UACCAAGAGCAGUAACCCCAAGCUACACUCAGGCUUACCAUGCGGCGUUGCUCAGGGGUCCCUGCAGCACUUACCUUGUCCUUCGCUCCCGCGAUGUGUCUCCUGCAGCGUCCCCGGCCAUCUCCUCCGGCCGAUGCCGGCAUCCGGCUUCUGUUUUCCGGUCCCUGUGACGUCGGGACGUACGCGGUAAACCUGAGCUACAUUCUUGUAUCAAACCAUUUCACAUAUAUUUUGUCCCUACUGCUUUGUCCUGUCCCCUGCCUGCAUUUUGACUGUUCUUUC